UCCACGUCGUCGUCGUCGACGCGUUCCAGAGCGGCGCGUUCUCGCGCGUUGCAGGCGUCCGCGAUAGUGUCGAAAGCGCGAAACGGAGCGUCGGUGUCGAUCAUAUACUCGUUCGAUCCGCGACGAUCAUCGUUCUCCUUCUUCUUCGUCUUCUUCUUCUACGUCUUCUUCUACCUCUUGCUUCUCGUCUUGUUCAACGAGAGAUCAGGGGCUACACGCGGACCAACUGGAUUUCCAGCCGUGCGUAUAUAUGUGCGCGCGCGCGCGCUCCCUCCAGCUACAUCGAUCUUCCUGUCUUCCUGUGAGUGGAGAGAUAGAUCGGUGGUCACGUUGCGACGGAACCAUGACGUAAACGGUGUGGGACCAAUCGGUGUACACACGAUUCUUCAAAGCCUGUGAAGUUCCGCGUGCCAAGACCCACCGUCGUUUCCGGGUGUAUAUCAAGCACGAGUGAAAAAGGCAUCGUCCAACCGAUUUCGCCUUCAUCGAGUGCUACGUUGACCCAGGCUCGGUCGAUCCGCGCGGCAAACCGACACGCUCGCAGCCCACAGCCUCGGAUCGUUCGUUCGCGUUCAAGUGUCGGUUCUGUGCGGGGGUGUGAAAGUAUAUCUCGUAAUUUGCGUGACAAGUGCCACGAAGACGUCGAACGGGGGUAGUCGAGGCUACCAGCGCGCGAGCAGGAUGAUAUGAGCACGCUUGGCAGAUUGAGGAUGUCCUCAAAGAGGAAGUCACCACCAACGAAGCUAUCGGAGGGCGGGGGCGGCACGGGUACAGUGGCAGGCGCCAACGAGGAGGAGGAGGACACGACCUCGUCGGUGACCGGUGGUCCCGGUGGCGAGGUAGCCGUCGGUGAAGAGGGGCCCACCACCCCCGUCGACAUCGAGGAGUGUUACCCUCACCAGAGAGGAGGUGACUGCGAGUCGUCAGGCUGUUCGUCGCCGGCGACCACCAGCGAGCCUGAUCUGAGGGACUCGCCCUCCCCUUCGUCGAAUUCCUUGCGUACCAGCAAGCGACAGAGGGUCGUGUUGUCCAGCCAGGAGGCCCUGGCCUCCUACCACUACCCCCACCACCACCACCAUCACCAUCAUCAUCAUCACCAUCACCACACGAACACAUCGUCCUCGUCGGGUGGUGUCGUGGAACCUGCCAGCUCCUCGGAGUGUGGCUCGCCCCCCACCCCUCUAACCGUAGACCCGUAUUACCCUAACCAUCCCCAUCACAAUAAUAACAACAACACCGUGACGCAAAAUAAUAAUAACAACAACAACGGCGGCAACGCUACCACCGUGACAAGUAAGAGAUCCAUGGACGACGUGCUGAAGAGGUUAACCUGCAAGAUGAACAGCGAGUCGCUGUCGCUGCAGGAUGACACCAGUAAUAACAGGCGGAACAGCCCGCCCCCUACGUCCACGCCGACUGGACACAACGCGCACUGCGGAGGCGUCGCCAGCGUGGCGAACAGUGUGCCACCCUCGCCACCAGCCUCUGGCAGGAUGCAGAACACGGAAGGCCAAGCCCAGCAGGACGGAGCGUCAGCCCUGCACAGGGUCCUCUGCGCGGAGACAUUCGCGGAGAAGGAGCGGAGGCUAUCCGAGAUGAUCCUGCAGCUGCAGCUCAUGAGGGAACAACUGCUGCAAGAUCAGUCCAAGUCGUAUCCUGCGCACAUGACCGUCGACUCGCAGAAGCAAAUCGAGAUACAGCGGCUGCAAACGGAGCACUUGAAGCGGCAGCAAGAGCACAUCAUGCAGCACAACAUACAGGAGCUACAGGCUCAGAUGACAAAGAACCAGCUGAGCAUGUCGGGGCCGCAAUCCUUGAUGUUCCUACCGUUUCUCGAACAGCUCAGAGGGUUGCCGGUGCAAUCGCCUAUGCCGCCACCGCCGGCUACGUCGACGUCAACCACCACCAACAAACAUAUCAAUUCGAUCGCUAACAUGAUCAGCAGUCAUCGGGAAGGGUCCAGCUGGGGUACGGCGCAUCUCGCACAGAUGGCCACGCAGAUGGAAAAGGAAGCGUCACCUACGCCGAUCUCAUCCGCCGUAGCGCCGACAGCGCCCCCUCUGCAGGACCUCGACGCGCCACUGAACCUCUCCAAGCCCAAGUCCUCGUCAUCGGGGGCCACGGCGUCCUCCUCGUCGCCCGGAAGCGACUCGCAUUCGACCGGUGCCGGAAGCAGUGGCCAACAAGAGCAACCGCUCGCUGCGACUGCGCCGAAGCUCUUUCCGCCUGGCCUACCAAUGCCACGGAACUAUCUCACGACCCUCCCUUACGCGGGCCUGCCACCUCACCUCAGCUCCCUCUCCUCACCAAUGGGCAAGGUAAUGGCCAAAGACGAAGCGGCUGGACCUGGAGGUGCUGUGGCGGCCGCAGCGGUCGCCGCCGUGGAAAAGCACUUCGCGAUGCACGGCAUUUAUGCGAUACCACCGAGUGCAGGUGCGAUGCCACCGUCGCCGCAGACCCAACGACCGAUCAAGCACUCUGGCUCCCGGGAGGAGGCUGCGCAGGAAGAACAGGACUAUCUGUCGACGCCUCACAUGUGGCGGGAGCCGGGUUACAAGGUACCGGAAGACAUAACGGAAAAAGCUAAAAUGGUGAGACAGCAGAAGAGGGAGGGUGAGAACAAGCCACAUAUCAAGCGGCCUAUGAACGCGUUCAUGGUGUGGGCCAAGGACGAACGUAGGAAAAUUUUGAAAGCCUGCCCGGACAUGCAUAAUUCGAACAUAUCGAAAAUACUCGGUGCUCGAUGGAAGGCGAUGUCGAACUCUGAGAAACAGCCAUACUACGAGGAGCAAUCCCGGCUGUCGAAGCUGCACAUGGAGAAGCAUCCCGACUACAGGUACAGGCCGCGACCGAAGCGCACCUGCAUCGUUGACGGGAAGAAGAUGCGCAUCUCCGAGUACAAGUCGCUGAUGCGGCAACGGCGGCAGGAAAUGAGGCAGCUCUGGUGUCGCGACAGCGGGCCAGAGAUGAGCUUCUUGUCCCCUGUCGGCUCUGAUCUGAGCACGCAACACCAUCCGGGAGCGGGGGCCGGGCCGUCGGCGAGGCCGUCCGUGUCACCACCGGCCACCAUGUUGAAUGGCGGCGCGGCCGGUCCGAGUUCCGAUCAUCCAUCCUUCUAUUAUCCGCAAGACAGCCUGUCGCCUACGGACAUGAUGAACUUCUCGCCGGAGAACUCGGGCUCGAUCGGUGGCUAUGAUGCCAGUCCGCGGCACCACGACGAAGAUUGAACCGCAGCUCCGGGUCAGCCGCCAUGGCCGCCCGGAGCAUCAUCGUCAACAGCAACAGCAGCUUCAACGUCGAGACUUGGCCACGAGUUGUUCUGGUAAAACUUCCAACGGUUCAACGUGAAAAGAUUAAACGCGUUUACGUACCGCGUGAACAACGUGGAAGCAAUGUCAUCUGGGGAAGAACGUUCUCGAAGAGUGACCGAGCGUUUCGAAGCCUCGCUCGAGAGGUUGUGAUAUAUAACGAUUCAAUUCUGUGCCAUCGUACGACGCGUGGAGGCCCUUCCGCGGAUUCGAGAGGCGAGUCCUGCAUCCUUGGAUCCGCCGUCGUCGUGUCGCCUGACAUGUCGUGCGAUCGUUACGAGACUCGUACUCGUGCACGCGAAAGAGACCGCGUAUAAUCCGAGCUACACUCACGGCUGAAGCUUUGGGACAGUGUCGCGCUGUACAGUCACGUGACCCGAUGUCAGCCCACCAGCCCCCUCUCGUUAUUUGCUACGUACACACGUGGAUCGGUUCACGGGACACCGGUGAACGUGAGCUCGGUGGAUAAAGGCGCGCGGAGCUGAUGGUUCUCUGGCUGUUUAUACUGUUACGAGAGUAACGGGAUGGGGACAGCAGGUGACGGUUGGCCCAUGCCGAGCAGAAGAACGAACACGACGGCGGCACGAAGGGGUACAUGGUGUAUUCCGUUGGUGUAAUCAAAACCGCGACCAAGGCAGCGCAAAUCUGCGAACGAUAAGGUCUGAUCGUCGUUAGGUAACGUUCUAGGUAACGAGAUAUACGCGCGAGUAGAAUUCUCAAAAAGGUAACGAACGUCGAUUUGCGUGUCAACGUAUGUCGGUAUCCAUCUCGCGGGUGUUUUCCGUACGCGGGAGCGCGGAGCAACAUGAACGCUAGAAUUAUACAUAAAUAAAUAAAUAAAUAUAAAUAUAACAAAAAAAAAUAUAUAUAUACA